GGAGUGCUGGACCGAACAAGCUGGGACUGGCAGGUUGAAUGGAGGCGGAGCCAAAUAAAAACCUGUUUGAAGAAUUCAGAGUCUCCUUCAGGAACACAGGAAGAAACACUGGAGAAGGAUUAGCCCGUCUCAGUUUUAAUGUGGCUGCGAAUCUGGGUUGAUUUUUGAACCCUCACCUUCAUUCAUCUACCUGAGGGGGCGGGGCCUGUAGAACACAGGGCUAUAAAAUGGCUGUGCCCUCCCCCCUGUUAAGCAGAGGGCUGGGUCUGGUCCUGGUGGAGUUUGAGUAUGAAUAUGAAGGUCGGGACGGGGUUCUUGUCUCCAUCAAACCCAAUGAGCGCUACAUUCUGCUGUCCAAGACCAACGACCACUGGUGGCAAGUCAGAAAGGACAGCAACUCCAAACCCUUCUACAUCCCUGCCAAGUACGUCAAAGAGCUGCCCCCUGACUUCCCGUCUCCACUGGACUUCACUGACCCACCCACUCCAAAACAGGUGCUACAUCCUGUGGUGGCUCCUGUUCCUGUUGCUGUCCCUGUUCCUAAACCUCUAGAAGAGCUCAGCGGAACCAGAACCAAACAAAGUGAUGAGGUGCUAAUCAGCCUCAGGCCUGCUGCCUCCAAUCGACAACAGAAAGUCGACAAUCGCAUGUCCACCUUUGGUGUAAUGAUGGAUGUGUCAGACCUGGCACAUAUGGGACCACAGCUCCCCAAAACCCCCUCUGUUGCUUCUACAGAAUCUGCAACCUCUACGGCAAGUCGGACUACAAACAUGGUGGACUGUAAAAAGCAGCCUCAUUUGUCGAGUCUAGAUGACCAGAAGGAUUCUGGGAAAUCUCGAGUUCCCAGUUUUAGUCCAGCAGACCCUAAGAGCAUGACCCGGCCGCAGAACCAGCCCAUCCCAGUGAAGAUGCCAGUGGUUCCUCCCAGUAGCAUGUCCUCACCAUCAAAGGGUGGCCAUGAGAAAAAGGAGGAGCAGCAGAUGGAGGAGGAGGUGGCAGAGGAGGAGAUAAGCACAGAAAGCAGCGAAGAAGAGGAGGAGUCACCGAAGGAGGUAGACUCCCACCACAUCUACGAGUCCAUCCAGGACCUGAACCUGGACCUGGAGGCUCUGCACAGAAAACCAGAAGGUCCAGCAGCUCCGGCUGAACCUGUACAACCUGCACCUGUACAACCUGCUCAUGCUUCACCCACCACAAAGGAUCAAGGCUCACUUGACCCUAAGUCGGUAAUAUACACCAACGUUUCCUUCCUGAAAAAAUCAUCCCAACCUCAGAUCUCCGUUACCCAGCCUCCAGCAGACCCUGUCCCACCAGAUCCCACAGUCUUUUCAUUUAGCCCCCCUUCCAGUCUGACAAGCCCCGCUUCCCCGCUAAACCUGCAGGAUGGAUGGCAGGUGCACACUGACCAUGACAGUGGGAAGUCAUAUUAUUACCAUCCAGCAACCAGACAAACCACCUGGUCCCAUCACCAUAGCCUGACACCGGCUGGAGACACAGGUCUGUCCAGUCCACUCUCCCCAGCUUCCUCUCAGGGCUCCGGGGAUUGGGAGCAGCUUAUGGAUGAAACAUCAGGAAGAAUCUACUUCCAUAAUCCCAAUACAGGUGCCACAUCCUGGUCUGUCCCAGAGCCACAGUCCCCCAUGUCGUCACCUGGAUCUACAGCCAGCAGGCCGCAGGACAACAGGCCGCCUCCCCUCCCAAAAGAGGACUACCCGGAUGGAGCCAAAGAUGAUACUGUCUUUACAACGCAGCAGCAGCAGCAGCAGCAGCAGGGUUUAAUACCCCGAGCUCAGCUGGAGCAGAAGGACACAAACAUCCAGCACAAGCAGCAGGAGAAAGGGCUGAUGGGAAAUGGAGUUUGUGAUGAAGGAGUGGUUUUGCAGGUCAGAAACCUGAGACACAGCAUCGCUGAAGAAACAUUCACACCUGGACACAGGAGGAUCGCUUCAGAUGUCACAGAAGCUUCCAGAAAGCCUUCCCUUGACAGUCCACAGCUCUCUAGUAAACACAGAUUGAGAAGGAAUCUGUCCAAUCAGGGCACAGACUUCAACCAGCUGGGUGUACAUGGCCAUGUGCUGGAAAAAGCAGGAAUCGUCAACAAGACUAAGGUGGUUGACAACAGCAAGAAGAUCAGAAAGAACUGGAGUCAGUCCUGGACCGUCCUCCAUGGGGGGAUUCUGACCUUUUACAAAGACCCCAAAUCUACUCCUGUUGGCAGUGCUAGCAAAGCUUCACAGAUCGUUCCAGAGUACACGGUGGAACUGAAGGGAGCCUCGAUUCAAUGGGCUACCAAAGACAAGUCUUCCAAGAAGCAUGUCCUUGAGCUAAAAACUCGCCAGGGUUGUGAGUAUCUGAUGCAGUCUGAUGCUGAAAACAUCAUCUUUGACUGGUUCAAGGUGGUCCAGGACACCAUUCAACAGCUGGGGCCACAACACCAUCCGGAACACAGGAAUCUGAGCGAUGAUGAAGACGAGGCGGGUUCUGAUCGGGAGGACAGAGACAAGAAGAGGCUACCCAGCAGAAAUUCUUCAGAGCUGGACCCUGAGCAGAGCCGAGUACGACGCAAACUGAAACGUUUCCUCCAGCGAAGGCCAACACUCCAAAGCGUCAAAGAGAAGGGAUACAUAAGAGAUAAUGUGUUUGGAUGUCACCUGGAUACGCUCUGCCAUCGAGAGAACACCACCAUCCCAAAGUUUGUGGAGAAAUGUAUCAAAACUGUGGAGAGGAGAGGUCUGGAUGUGGAUGGGAUUUACAGGGUGAACGGAAACCUGGCUGUGAUCCAGAAACUACGGCACAAAGCAGAUCACGAGGAACAACUGGACCUGGAGGAUGGGCAGUGGGAGGAGAUCCAUGUGGUCACCGGAGCACUGAAGCUGUUCUUCAGAGAGCUUCCAGAGCCACUGUUUCCCUUCAGCAGCUUCGAGAAGUUCAUAUGCGCUAUCCAACUUCCAGAUUACAGCCUGAGAGUUUCCUAUGUGAAGGAUCUGGUCCGAUCUCUGCCGCUGCCAAAUUACGACACCAUGGAGUUGCUCUUUAAACACCUGUGCAGGGUGGUCGAGCACAAAGAGUCCAACAGAAUGUCAGUUCAGAGUGUGGCCAUCGUGUUUGGACCCACCCUGCUUCGUCCGCAGGCCGAGUCUGCCAACAUGACGGUCCACAUGGUGUUCCAGAGCCAGAUCGUGGAGCUCAUGCUCAACCAGUACAAGAACAUUUUCUCUGAGAGGUAGAACCAGCCCCACGGUCUACCUACGGAACCUUUAGAACAUCAGCAAAACCCUCCCUCAGAAGAACCUCCAGCUGAGGUCCAGAUGGCUGAACCCAGAACCUUUGUACACUGGACUGGGUCUGGAAAGCUGCUUUAAAGAAGUGAACCAACAGGGUUGGGUCUCAUGGCACCUGAACAACCACAGAACCUCAAAGUCUCCUACUGGAACCCAAACACAAAACCCCAGAACCCCUAGCUGCUAUCAGAACCAAAACAGAACUUUAUUUUAACCCUUGGAUACCUCACUCAGCCAAUUCUCAGAUCCUUUAGCGGGUUCCAGCAGAACCACAACUGAAAUGUUCAUCAAAAUCCUACAACAGACAAGAGUCUGAGCUGUAUUCAAUCAAUCGCCAGUUUCUGUUUUUAGCUUAACGGGCUGGUACCCGACCGGUUCUGCUUUCUUUGUAUAAAUGAACCAGGACUGGAACCUGAAACCUUCAGGCAACCAAACUUCCAGAACGCAUUUUUAUUCAUGAGAAGGGGAACCAGGACCGGUGCUGUUCGGUGACACUAACAGGUUUAGAUCAUCACUUCUGGUCUAGAGGGUUAACCCGGUUCUGGAAACCUAAAUCACUUCCUGAAGCAGGAACUGUGUGAAAAUCUGAGGACAUCACAGGAUCCAGAUGGAUCAGAACUUUUGGGCUGUGUUUUUUUUUUUUUUGUGACAGAACCUGGAUCUGUUUCUGGUGGACUGAAAGCAUGAAGAUGGAUCAAAACCACUAAAUACAAAAGGAGAAUGAAACAUCCUUAAAUGUUUAAAUCUAAAACGGACCAGGCCGGUUCCGAGUGACUCCAGAACUCGUGUUUAUCUGCUCUUAUUGAUCUGAUUUUUAUGAGCUUAAGAAACAGAACAAAGUUCUGGUGGACCAGAACGGUUAUUGUACAUGAGACAGAAUUUUAUUAAAACUAAAGUGGAUCAGAACCACAGAACCCA